UUCAUUGACAACGUAUUAUCCUCGACACGAAGAGAACCGCCGCUGAUACCCGGUGAAAAAUUUUCUCGUAUAGUUCUCGCCGGCGCGGGCGCAACAUCAACCAGUUCGCAUAAAAUUACCGCACGUUCCUAGUCGUAUUAAAUGCGUAUACGUUUGUGUGCGUGAACUAAGUAAACAGAAUCGUCUAAUUUGUUUUUUUUUUGUUUCAAUCUCGGUUUCAAUUUUUUAAAUUUUUCUCUCGCAAUUGACAGCUUAAUUAAUUUUUUUUUUUUUGAGCCUUAUUUAUUGACCUCUGUAAUCGUAUCGUGUCGCGAGUGUUUUGCCAAUAUUGGCCAUCUGCAGUGAUCGCGAAAUAAGACUGGCUUAUUUUAUAUUUUGUUUUAAUCAUGUUUUCGAGUACAGUCGUGAAGUGACAUUUUGAACCCAAAUUAUAAUUAUUUAAUCCAUCGAAAUCGAUUAUUGUGCAUUUUAUAAUCUGGAAUUUUAAAUGUGACUCGUCCAUCGCCGGAUCGCAAACCGUUCUUCUGGACCUUUCGAAGGAUUUCAUCACUUUACACAAAGCCAUCAUCGCAAAAGCAUUAUAACGCCGGAUUCACCCAAUUAGUAUGCAAAAGGGAUAAAUUUUCAGAUGAGUAAUGCGGCCACGUUAUGGAUCAUCAUGGAGCCACAGGCCCCUCGUUACCUGCACGAUGGUGGGGCCCUGCGACUACAGUAGCCAGUGCGGAUGUCAUGAACCAGCUGUGCCGAGUAUGUGGAGAGCCAGCGGCAGGAUUUCAUUUCGGAGCGUUUACCUGCGAAGGCUGCAAGUCGUUUUUCGGCAGAACGUACAACAAUCUGAGCUCAGUAUCGGAAUGCAAAAACAACGGCGAAUGCGUGAUAAACAAAAAGAAUCGCACCUCUUGCAAAGCGUGCCGUCUACGCAAAUGCUUACUGGUAGGAAUGUCGAAAAGCGGCUCCCGCUACGGACGUCGUUCCAACUGGUUCAAAAUACACUGUCUGCUGCAGGAGCAACAGCUGCAACAGCAUCAGCAACACCAGCUCCAUCAGCAGUCCAAUUCGCCGGUGCAGACGAAAAAACCACCUUGGGAGUUCACCAGCGCCGCCGUCGCUGCCGCUACCAAAUUAGAUAUAGACAACAACAACACCUCAUCCGAGACCACCUCUGAAUCGCCACCAUUCAUAAUGCCACCUCAUCAGUUAAUGAAAGCCUCGUCCGAGGCGUCGUUUUGGUCAACUCGACCGUCACCUUUGACAGUUCCUCAUCAGCAUACCUUACCUUACUUCAUAUCGCCUUUUCUGCAAACUCCAUUAGGGCAGCCGGUCACUCACAACUAUUUGUUACCUUUUUUGCCAAUCAGACCUCCGUUGCCAUUAGAACCUCUGGUGAUAUCGUCCUCUCCGUCUUCCUCGUUACAAUCUUCUCCUCCAAGUACGACAACGACGGCUAUUGUCACGCCGUCCAAAAAACAACCCAGUCCAGUCGCCAGUCCACAAAUCGACACGAAUUCGUUGGAAAAACUAAGAUCUUUGGGUCCUGUACAAGACCAACCUAUCGAUUUAUCCUCAACUAAUGCGGCCACUGGCGCUUCCCUUUCAAACCAUCAGAACGACUUGGACGCAGAUUCGGAUCAAAGUCAAGAUGACGACGACGAUUCCUCGACAUCCCCCAGUACCAAAUGUAACGUAGUGCGAAUUUCGCAACCUAUCGAAUUAGUCGACAAGUCUAACUCGACCUCGAGAACUAUAAGUGUGCCUUUAGAUUUGAGGUGUGCGAAAUCGUGACCUUUACGAAUAUGUAAAGUGUAUUUUAUGGGUGAUAUCGUUCGUUUUUUUUUUUUCAAUUUUUUUCAUGUUUAUCGUUAUGUUCCUUUUUAGAUACAAAAUGCUUCCCAAAAAUUUAGGUGCAAUGUAUUUUUGUAAAUAUUUUGUUAUAAUGUGUUUAUUAUGAUUUUGUUUCGUUUUUUGCUUUUCUUCUUUUGUCGAUUUUUUUUCUUUUAGUAUAUUUUUGUUACGAAUAUUUUGUUUGAUGAUUUUUAAAACGUCACGAUGUUCGGUUAGAUAUAAUGUUUUUGCGCGCAAGAAAUUAUAAAAUGUUGUAAAUUUUUUUUAUUAGGAUUAUUUUUUUUGCUUGGCACUUUGUAGAUAAUUUGUUUUUAUUUCUUUUUUAAAUAAAUUAUUCCGUAUAUUUUGAA